AUGAUCGGUCUUGAAGACAAAGCAGAUAUAUCAGAAAUCAAAAAAUCGUAUAAGAAAUUUCUCCGCAACAAGAAACAUCAGAUAGAUCCAAGUCCUAAAACCAAAAAGUACCUAGAAACAAUAGAAACAAUUUAUCACAUCCUAGGAAGUAACAAUUCUAAGCCUCUUUACGAUAUGUUUGGAACUGUGUUCUUAAACUUGACAGAUUUAAAGGUUGUCGGCUACCAUAGCGAUGAAGGACUUAUGAAUAUGGCAAAGAUGUACGGAACAACCAUUGAUGAUAUGAAUAAAUUUGGUGGAACAAUUUAUUACCCCAUUGUAUUCGAUUUAGAAGAUUUUUAUGACGGCGUUACAAGGAACGUCACAUCUGUUCGCGUCGUCGAGUGCAGAUGUCCAGAGAAAAAUCCAAAAUGCCAAGAAUGCAAACAAAAUAAAUUUGUUGACGAGAUUUACGUAAAUCAAAUUACACUGCCAAGAGGUGCUCCAGAAUUCUAUCGUAUUUUGGCUGGCCAAUCUGGCGAUACUGACGUUGCUCGCGGUGCUUCCGAUAUUAUUUACAUUGCUCAGUCAAAACCACAUCCACGCUUUGAGCGCCGUGGCCGUGAUUUAUACAUGAACCUUACUGUCCCUCUAAAAGAAGCUUUACAAGAGGAUUCCACAACAAUUAUCGGAAUUGAUGGACUUUCUAUACAGGUUUCACUUGUUGAUGCACAGGAUGGCAAAGUUGUGAUGAUUCCUAAUGAAGGACUUCCAGAUUUCUUCUUAAAGAACCAACGUGGUGAUUUAUACGUAACAUUACACAUAGAUAUACCUAAAGAGUUAUCAGACGAACAAAAACAGAAGAUUUCCGAAAUAUUACCAGAAGAUGACAAGUUUUAUCUCUAA